AUCACAAUUUCGUUUAAUCGAUAAGGAACAAUUUGUUAUUCAUUCAAUUUUCAUUCAAACAAUCUAAACUUUUUUCUAUAAAGAAAUUAAUUUCAACAAAUAAAAAUAAAAUAAAAUGAGUAAUUCAGAAAUCCUUGGACUCCAUCGAAUUACAAAGAAACACUUGAAAGAAUUGUGCAAAAAACACAAACUUUAUCAAACUCCUCAUCUAAAUGACCAACUUUAUUUACAUUUUCAAGGCUUCCAAUUUAUAGAAAACCUUGAAGAAUACACAGGACUUAAAUGUCUUUGGUUGGAAAGUAAUGCUAUUUCAGAAAUUCAAGGUCUUGAUUUUCAAACAGAACUAAAAUGUUUAUUUCUGCAAAAUAAUCUAAUUAAAAAAAUCGAAAAUCUUCAAUGCUGUACUGCACUGGAUACUUUGAAUCUUUCAUCUAAUCAUAUAACAAAAAUUGAAAAUUGCGGAAGUGAUAUUUUACCAGAAUUGUCAACAUUAAAUUUAUCACGGAAUUACUUGAGAAAUAGUGAUGGAAUUCGGGAAUUGGUCAAUUGCAAGAAUUUAUGGUCUUUGGAUUUGUCACAUAAUCGAAUUGAUGAUAUUUUGGUAGUUAAGAUUUUUGCUAAUAUGCCAGAGUUAAGAGUACUGGUCCUACAAGGCAAUCCUGUGGUUAGCAAAGUUCCUCAAUACAGAAAGACUUUGAUUUUAGAAUGUAAGAACUUGACUUACUUAGAUAGUCGCCCAAUAUUUCCAAAAGACCGAGCUUGUGCUGAAGCAUGGAAACGAGGUGGAUACGAAGAAGAACGGAAAGAACACGAUAGAUGGAACCGAAUGGAUCGCAAGAAAAUUCGAGAUAGCGUCAAUGCUACAUUACGUCUCCGACAAAACCUUGGUGCUGGAGAUGUACAAUUGCUAGAAUCAUCCGAUGAAGAAGAUGAGACAAAGAAGCUACGUAAAAUUCCAGAACAAGGAGAUUUGGAAAUAACAGGAGUUAUCAAAAAUGAUAGUGACUCAUCUGAAAGUUCUUCUUUAACUAUUUUUGAUGAUUUGUGCCAAGAAAAAAUCAAACAAUCGAACGACACUGAUACUGAGAAAUCUAAUAUUAUAGAAAUGAUUGAGAAUAUUGAAGAGUUGGAAGAUAAACUAACAAACGAACAAUGUGAUUUACAAAGCAGCAGUGCAGAAAUUGUUUCUAAUGAAGAAAGUAAAAACCUCGAAGUAAAUAAAACGGACAUUGAAGAAUCAACACUCCCAGAAUUUGAAAAAGAUGAAAAAUCUAGUGUCGAAAAGAAAGAAAGUAAUAUUUCUCAAAAUGAAGAUAUAUCGAUUCAAGUUAGCAAAGAAAACGAUGAGUCGUGCUUAUCUUUGUCAAACACGGACUUUUUAGAAGGAAAUGAAACAACAAAAAGUUUUGAUUCAACAUCUUCUGAAAGUUCUUCUGCAUCUUCACCUGAAUCGACUUCAUCUUCGUCUGAGUCAGAAUUUGAAUUAACUGAAUGUGAUAAUAAGUAUGGUGAAGAAUAUAUCACAUCCAAUUUAAUUGAAGAUCAAGAGCUUCUUCAAAUCCAAGCUAAUAACAAAAAUGAAUCAUCCUUAGAUAUGCCUUCCUUAGAAGGAUACGAAUCAAAGAAAAUACAUUCCUUUGAAGAAUACAAAAGUACCAAAGUAGUAGAGUUAGAAACUGAAGAUUUAACAAUACAAGAGUUCGAAGAAAUCGAAGUAAAAGAUAAGCUUCUUCAUAACAAAGAAUCUAGUUUUGAAAUGGAAAAAAAUAAUAUAUCUCAAAGUGAAGAUCAUGAGAUUCUUCAAGAAUCGAUUCAAGUCAGUGAAGGAAACGAUUCGUCGUUCUUGUCUCUAUCAAAUACUGACUUUUCAGAAGAAAAUGAAGAAAAUGAAACAACAAAAAGUCUUGAUUCUUCAUCUUCUUCUGAAAGUUCUUCUACAACUUCCUCUGACUCCACUUCAUCUUCUUGUGAGUCAGAAUUUGAAUUUACAGAACGUGAUAACAAGAACUUUGAAGAACACAUCAUAGCCAAUUUAAAGGAUAAUCUUCAAAUCCAAGCUGAUAACAAAAGUGAAUCAGCAAAAGACCAAACUCUAAUUCCUGUUGAUAAAGUACAGUUUUUCUCAACUCAUAACUUAUCAGAAGAAAAUAAAUCAAGUGAUACUUCUUCUAACAUUGAAUCAUCUGGAGAAUCAUCUUCUGAUCCGGCAUCUGAAUUUUCUUUUGCAAAUAAUUCAUCUUCAAAUAGUGAGAAUUUCAGUAAAGCAAAUAUCUCAGGAGACAUUUCUGUUGGAUCAAACAAAGCUGUUACUUUUCUCAGAGGAGAAGGUAACAUAGAAAAUGUACAAGACCUAAAUCGCAAUAGUAAAGAAGAGUGUAAAACUUCUUCCUAUGAAGCUGAAAAACAUGAAGAUCAAACUGAUUUUGAUAUUUUCAAGAAUUCAUUGGUUAUGGAAGCUUUCCUUUCUUCCUCUGAGUCGACUCUUCUUAACAGUAGGCCAAACGUUAAAGAAGAUAUUGAAGAUAAUGAAGAUUACGAACAUAAUCCAGUGGAAAAAACAGAAUCUGACAUAUUUGACGAGGUAGACGAGAAUUCUUCAAUUAAUUUUAAAGAAGAUUUGGAAAAUUUAGAUGAAUACGAAAAUCAAACGGAAACAAAACCAGUCGAUAUAAAUUCUUCUGAGCCCUUGGAUGACACCGAGGAAAAAUUAAGAAAUAUCUUUGCAAUGAUUCAAUCAGAUGAAAACUUAAACAAAACUGCUGAAAGUUUUGAAGAUCAAAGCAAAGAUCAGGGACUAUCUGAUGGCAAAAAACUUUUCAGCUGGCCUUCUUUACCAAACAAUCACAAUACUGAUAUAUUUCCAAUUAGAGAAUCGAAUGAAGAUCAAUUUCUUAGAGGAAGACGCAUAGAUUCUAUUUGGCAAGACAGAGAUUUUGAAGAUACAAUCGCUUCAACGUGGCUUGAAAGUUUCUUGAGUACCGAAAAUAAAGUUGAACAUUUACCAAGUGAAGAAGAUCACAUUGAAGAUUUAGUUGACAGUGAGAGUACUAUGGCUCUGUACGAUUCUACUGAAGAUACUAUCGCUUCUGACUGGUUAGAGCACUAUCUAUGUGAACAUGAUUCAGAUCGACUCUUAGAUGAAAUUAUUGAAGAGUAUGAUGAUUACAAAGCUUUGGAGGAAUCGAAAAAUUUAAUUCAUGAUACAAAUGAAAAUUCAGGACAUAGUCAAAUAAUUGAAGAAGUUAUAUUAAGUGAUCUUCAAAUCUGUACUAAUAAACAAGUUUACGAAAACAGAGAAGAUGCAAAAGAAAAUUUAGAAGAAAUAGAAACUGUUGAUAAUUUCGUUGAAUCAAACGAAAAUAUAUCUUCGAUUCAGCAAGCUGAAGAUUCAAACCUCCAGACAUUUGAAGCUGAUUCAGUAUCAGAAAGAAGUGUAGGAAAAGAAAUAAGGAUCAAUGAAAUAUCUAGCAACAGUACUGAAGAAAGUGAAGAAAAGUUAAAUGAUGUUCAAUCUUCGAGUUGGUGGGCAACGAAAUUAUCAGCUGCUCGUAAUGAAGUUUUAAGAACACCUAAAGUAAAAUCUGAAGAUGUUGAAUAUGUAAAAGAAGCUUCAUCAACAAAUGAAGAACAUCAACAUUUCUGCAAAGAAGAAGAACAGGUUUCUGAAACACUACACUUUGGAGAAGAUGUUUCAAAUUUUCUUGAAAGCCUUUUGGUGAAGACAAUUAAUUGUGAAAAAGAAGGAGAACCAACAUUUUUGAACCAAUCAAAAGAAGAUGUUCGAAAAAAUAGUGAAGAACAAGGAGAACUUGCUUCAAUUAUGUCAGAAGAGAAAAUUUCUAUCAAAAUAGAUAAAUUAGAAAGUGAAGAUACAAUUUCUUUAUCAAUUUCUGAAUCAUCUCUAGAACCCUCCAAUACUUCCUCAACUCUCCGUGAAGUUAUCACAACAUUCAAUGAAGUUGUCGAAAGCAUACAUUCCCAAAAGCAUAAAAAGUCUCAACUUCUUCAAGAAUUCAUUGCUAAUCCAUUGACGAAAACCUUUUCGGCUCAAACUGGUGACGAAAUCAAUCGUCAAAUUGAUAAACUUAAGGAUCAAAAAAAGGAAGAACUUUUAAAUUUAAUAGAUUGUGUUUACGCCCAAAGGGAAAAAUACGAUGAUACUCUGGAAGUAGUCAAUGGACGUUUGAUGGUUGUCAAACGGUCAACAGGUGCUUUGGAAGAAUUACAACCUCCGCCAUCAUCAUCAUCAUCAUCAUCACAACGACCAGGAUCCACAAAGUACAUCAACUGUGGUGUAAGUACCACUCAAAUAAGCUGCUGCAACGAAGACCAUGAUGAUGAUGAUGUUGAUGAUUGUAGGACAGCAGUAUUGUCUGAGGAUAACGAUAACGAUGAUGAUGAAGAUGAUGAGGAUGACAUCGAGCAGCAUGCAAGUGAUACUAAAAUAAAAAGUAUACUCUACUCCUGCUCGUCAGAGGACGUGAAUUGUGCAAAUGAGUCAGUUUCAUUUUCAUCGUUGGCAGGUUCGUCAACACAAAUCGAGAAGGAGGAGGAACAGGGUGAUAACUAUCAUCAUUCGGAUGAUAGUGACUCCCAACAGAGUGCAAAAUCAGAAAUCGAUUCUGAGGUUUCGCCAAAAUCCUGCAAAUGGCUGGGAAAGGAAGGAACAUCAUCAUCAGUAUCAAUACCAGCAGCUGCAGCUGAUUAUUAUAACCUAUCAAACAAUGUAGUAAGCGAAGGAGGAGCACACAGCACAAGGAGUGAAUUCCAAGUGGAGUUGGCUGAUUCGAUUCAAUCAUUUAUGGACUUUGGAGAGCCGGCUACUGCCCUAGAGGAUAUUGCAUUGAUUUUUGAAAACUCUAAGGCAGAAGAAUAGAGAGAAUUUUAGUUUAUUUAAUUUAUUUAUUUUUGUUUGUUUCUUUG